AUGCCCGCCAAGGAGGAGGCUCGCCCGCAGCCUGAGGGGGCCAGCUGCGACCCCGGCCCCCCCGCUGCCGUCCCCCCCAGCGAGGCCUGCCGGCCCCCCCCCGCCACGGACCCCCUGGACACCCGCAUCGUCAUGGGAGAGGAGACGUGCUCCCCCGCUGCCCCCGAGCUCCGGGGGGGUCCCCCCCCGCCCGCCCCCCCCCCGGGCAGACCCCCCGCCACCACCCUGGACCCCGACCUCUUCUUCACGGCCCCCUCCACCCCCAUCCGGGCCGGGGGGUCCCGGCUGCCGCCGCCCCCCCCCGAGGAGCAGACGGACGGGGAGAGCGAGGGGCUCUGCUCCCCCCCCACCUCCCCCUCCGGCUCCUACAUGACGGCCGAGGGGGGCAGCUGGGGCUCCUCCGGCACCGCCAGCACCUCCCCGUCCUGCUCCCCCAACUUGGUGGCCGAAGGCGAGGCCGAAGGCAUGGCGGAGGCCGAAGGCAUGGCGGUGCUGCCCACCUGCCUGGAGGAUCCCCCAGCCUUCACCCCGCCAUCUCCCGAGGAGGAUGAGGAGGAGGAAGAUGGACCCUUCGCCCCGCCGGGGGAUGAGGAGGAUGAUGGGCAGACGCCGGAGGAAGAUGAGGAUGAGGAGUGGGAGGUGUCGGGGGGCGAGGAGUUGCCCGGCGCGGGCCUGAUCCCGGCAGCGCUGCUGCCCUUCCGCGGCAGCCUCCUCUUCCAGGCCGAGGCGGUGGAGAUCACCCCGCUGCCCCCCGGCACGGCCCCCCUGCCCCUCUCCGGCGAGGAGGAGGAGGAGGAAGAAGAGGAGGAGGAGGAGGAAGGCGGCAGCACCUCGGCCUCCUUCUUGCGCUCGCUGUCGGAGACCUCCAUCACCGAAGGGGUGGACGAGUCCUUCGCCUUCCGCGACGACACCUCCGCCUCCUCCGACUCGGCCGCCUACGACGGCGAGGAGGACGAGCGGCUCUACGGCACCGAGCGCCACGCCAUGGGGGCCGAGGGGGGGCCCCCCGGCACCGCCACCGCUCCCCCAGACACCGGCGCCUCUGGGGAUGGCGGCAUCGAGCUCCACCUUCACGCCGGGACGGCACCGGCCGGCUCUGGCUCACCGGAGGGGUCCCCUCGGCAUCGCCGCGGUGAGGAGCCGGUGAGCGUGGUGCCCAGCAGGGAGGACGGCAGCGGGGAGGACCUCAGUGCCGAGCGGAUGGAGCCGGGAAUGCGGGAGCGGGACAGCAGCGAGACCCCCCCAGCACCCUCCGGAGAAGGCGGCAUGGAGCCGGAUGGCGAGACCUUCCUCACCUCCUCCUCUUCCUCCUUGGAGCUGGAGGAGGCCUCAGCCCUGGAGCCCGAUCUCCCGGAGGAGGCGAUGGCGAUGCCGGGUGCCGAGGAGGAGCAGGCGGUGAAGGAUGAUUCCAGCGCAGCAGCACCAGGAGAGGGGCCCGGCACAGAGCCAGCGGCGAGCGGCAGCGUCCUGCGGCCCCGUGGCCUCUGCUCUGGGGAGCCCAGGGACCCCCAAACCGAUGGGCUGGGGGACGGGAGCGUGGCACCGGCCAACGGGGAGCCCCAGGGAGGCCCUGGGAGUGAUGGUGAUGACGGUGACAGUGACCGUGAGCUUGGCACUGUGAGAGCGGGGAGCGCCGAGCCGGCAGCCACCGAUGGCCGUGAUGAGCCGGACACCGUGGCUACUGAGCUGGUGCCAUUGGUGACACCCAGCCUGCCGGAUGAGCCAGACACCAUGACCACUGAGCCGGUACCAUCGGUGAUGCCCAGCCUGCCAGACACUGUGGCCACUGAGCUGGUGCCAUCGGUGAUGCCCAGCCUGCCAGAUGAGCCGGACACUGUGGCUAGUGACCUGGUGCCAUCGGUGACACCCAGCCUGCCAGAUGAGCCGGACACUACAGCCACCGAGCCAGUGCCAUCAGUGACGCCCAGCCUGCCAGAUGAGCCAGAUGCCUUGGCCACUGAGCCAGUGUCAUCGGUGAUGCCCAGCCCACCGGAUGAGCCAGACACCAUGACCACUGCACCGGUGCCAUUGGUAACGCCCAGCCCGCCGGAUGAGCCGGACACCGUGGCCACUGAGCCGGUGCCAUCGGUGACACCCAGCCCGCUGGAUGAGCCGGACACCGUGGCCACUGAGCCGGUGCCAUCGGUGACACCCAGCCCGCCGGAUGAGCCGGACACCGUGGCCACUGAGCUGGUGCCAUCGGUGACACCCAGCCCGCCGGAUGAGCCGGACACCAUGGCCACUGAGCCGGUGCCAUCGGUGACACCCAGCCCGCCGGAUGAGCCGGACACUGUGGACACUGAGCCGGUGCCAUCGGUGACACCCAGCCUGCCGGAUGAGCCGGACACCAUGGCCACUGAGCUGGUGCCAUCGGUGACACCCAGCCCGCCGGAUGAGCCGGACACUGUGGACACUGAGCCAGUGCCAUCGGUGACACCCAGCCUGCCGGAUGAGCCGGACACUACAGCCACUGAGCCGGUGCCAUCGGUGACACCCAGCCUGCCGGAUGAGCCGGACACUACAGCCACUGAGCCGGUGCCAUCGGUGACACCCAGCCUGCCGGAUGAGCCGGACACUGCGGCUAGUGACCUGGUGCCAUUGGUGACACCCAGCCCGCCGGAUGAGCCGGAUGCUACAGCCACCAAGCUGGUGCCAUCGAUGACACCCAGCCCGCCGGAUGAGCCGGACACUGCGGCCACUGAGCCGGUGCCAUCGGUGACACCCAGCCCGCCGGAUGAGCCGGACACUGCGGCCACUGAGCCGGUGCCAUCGGUGACACCCAGCCCGCCGGAUGAGCCGGACACCAUGGCCAGUGACCCGCUGCCAUUGGUGACACCCAUCCUGCCGGACGGCGUCAUGGCACCAUCCCCGCCUCCACGGGACGUAUCCCCCUGUGCCGCCGGCGAGGAACCGGCAGACGAGGCGGCCUUGGCCAGCGAGUCUCCAGAACCGCUGGUGACCGCAUGUCCCACGGGGCAGGAGACGAUGGCGCAUCCCCCCGGGGCCGCCGGCGAAGCCCCUGAGGAGUGGGACGCCGCCACCGCCUCCUCCGAGGAGUCAUCCCCGGAGCUGCUGGAGACCUCCCGCUCCCGCACCGACUCCAGCUUCUUCACCGCCCCCGAGGACAGCGCGGGGGAGGCGGCUGCCCCCCCCAGACCCCCAUCUUCCGAAGAGGAGGAGGAGGAUGCCGCCCGUCGCUGCCUGGCCCUCUGCCUGCCCCCCGCGCCCCCCGCCAUCCCCCCCUUGGUUUUCACCGCCUCGGAGCGGGAGGUGUACGUGGGGGUCCCCCCGGCCCCCCUCGAACUGCUCCAACCACCCGGUGCCUUUUCGGAGAACGGGGCGGCCUGGCAGCGCCGGGAGGACCGGCAGCGGGUCACCGCCAUGUUACGGGGCUCCUUUGGGGACCUGCCAGCCCCCCGCCUCCUCCCCAGGCCACCGGAGCCCCCCGAGGUGCCGGUAGAGCCCCUGGAGGGCCCCCCCGAUGAUGGGGGGACGGAGGAGCCCCCGGCCCCCCAUGAGCCCCUGACCCCUCGGCCGGGCGAUGAGUCCCCGGGCCAGACUGCUGCGGAAACCGAUGCCAAAGUCCUGGGGGAGGGCGGCCCCCCCAGCCCCCCCAGCGAGCCCCCAGCGCUCCCCGAGGAGCAGGAGGAAGAGGAGGCGAUGGCGGGGGCCAGAUCCAGCCCCCAGCCCGCUCCGGGUGCUGGUGAAGUGGGGGAUGCUCAGGCAGAGCCCCCACCGGAGCCGGCCGGGGAAGCAGCACCCCAAGCCCACCCCGAGCCCCCCAACCUGCCGCCGGCCCCCCACCCUCCGCUCCCCAAACUCAGCCAAGUGCCUCCUCUCGCCGCUGCGCCGUUGCCGCCAUCGCCGUUGCCGGAUCUGGCCCGCGGCCCCAAGGACACCUCAGGGCUCCCCGCCGGCGAGGAGCGUCCGUCUGUCCUGCCACCCUCCAGGAAGCACCUCGAGGCCCCCCAGCCCUCCCCGCGCAAGGAGAAGGAGGCCCGAGGCAGGCAGGCAGCGACGGGCAGCGCGGGCAGCCGGGGUCCCCCCCGGGGGUCCCUGCAGUCGGAGUCGAGCUCCUCCAGCGAGACGGAGGCUCCGUACCCCUGCCCGGAGAUCCAGCGCCUGCGGGAAGCCGCCGGCAUCGCCCUGCGCCAGGACAAGCAGCCCCCGGCCCCCCGCCGCUGCGAGGCCAACCAUAAAGGGUCGUGUAAUGAGUCGGAGAGUAACGACGAGUCCAUCCCUGAGCUGGAGGAGCCCGAGGGCUCGGAGCCACCGCCGGCCCAGACCCAGGCGCAGCUCACCCACUCGCUGGGCACCGGGGAGGAGACGGUCAGCAAGGCGAAGCAGAGCCGGAGCGAGAAGAAAGCCAGGAAGGCCAUGUCCAAGCUGGGACUGCGGCAGAUCCACGGUGUCACCCGCAUCACCAUCCGCAAGUCCAAGAACAUCCUCUUCGUCAUCACCAAACCCGACGUCUUCAAGAGCCCCGCGUCCGACAUCUACAUCGUCUUCGGGGAGGCCAAGAUUGAGGACCUGUCGCAGCAAGUGCACAAGGCGGCGGCGGAGAAGUUCAAGGUGCCGAUGGAGCACUCGCCCCUGAUCACGGAGACGGCCCCCACCCUCACCAUCAAGGAGGAGAGCGAGGAGGAGGAGGAGGUGGACGAGACGGGGCUGGAGGUGCGGGACAUCGAGCUGGUGAUGGCCCAGGCCAACGUCUCGCGCCCCAAAGCCGUGCGGGCGCUUCGGCACAACAACAACGACAUCGUCAAUGCCAUCAUGGAGCUGACCAUGUAG